UGUGUGCUGCACAAUAGCUCUUGUCAUUUUGAGAUGCUGAUGUGUAACUGGAGUUUGUAUUUGUCUCUCUGUGCAUUCCAGUGAGGCAGAGAUUGCUGGCUGUAAAGGUCUGAGGUUUGGCAUUUGACCUGAGACAGCCAGGAGCCCAGUUCCUUGGUACCACGUACUCAAACUAAACACUGUUUUAAGUGCAUUCUUGAUGGUUCAUCAGCAAAAACACAUAAAAUUUUAGAAAUAGAAAACUAUUACAGGCCUUAACUAGUCAUGUAAUGUUUCUCUUUGAGAAAAAAAGUUGUUAUAAUAAAGAAGUGACAUUUGGUGUUCAGGGAGCUGAAUACCUCUGCAGAAUGGAAACUUUGCAAGAAGAAUCUCUUGAUUACUGCUGAGGGUAGCUGUGCUUUUUCUGGAUGCCAGCCAAGACAUCUACCAAUAUAGAACAAAUGACUGGUCUGUACAGUAGUAGAAACAUUUUCACUAUCUAAUGUUGAAGGAGGGAAUCCAGAUCUUUGCAGGCAAUUAGUGCAGAGCUUUUAAAAGUGUGCAGUAUGGAGAGGGAUUUAACACAUAUUCAGAAUAUUUGGUCAACUGUCAACAGCAGACAACUGGCUUUGGCUGGGGACUUUACUUCCACAUAUCCAGUGACCUGUAUGACUGCUAUUCAUAGAACCAUUCCUACAUGUGGUUUAGUUCUCUUCUUUCACGGGGGCUUUAUUCUCCGAAUAUUUGGGAGAUUAUGUGUCCUUAGUUUGGAUUGGUUCAGAAGAAGUCCAUAAAAACGACACCUGGUGGCAUUAGAUUUAAAUAUUUAUGAGGUAUAUAAUAACUUCUUUGGGUACUGCCUUCUUAUGAGCAUAUAAUUCUGUGAACCAAAUUCACCGCAACAAUGCUUUGUCAUUUGGUGUUAUGUCAGCAUUUCAGAGUCAUAAUCUUGGACUCCUUUGAAUCUUUUUUCUUUCGUUUUGUUUUUCCUUUGACAUUUGCAUCGCUCUCUGGUCUGCGGUCUCUUUAAAUCCAAAUCCAGUGGACGGGAGUUGUGCGUCCUCACAAAGUUGCCUGCCCGCACUCAGCCUGAUAAACAGCUGCUUACCAUUUAGGGAACUUCUCCCAAGUUUUUCUCCGACCUCCUCGAAAUCGUUUUGUGUGUACGUGUGUGUGUGUGUGUGUGUGUGUGUGUGUGUUCACCGCUCAGAGCCUGCGGAUGUUCACAUAGUCUGCACCGCUGGAUGCACAAGUCUGGAUUCUAGGUUUGCGUAAUGCUCAGGCGUCCUCUGUUAAACAUCUGGAUUAACUAUUUGAAGUCAGAGCUAACGGGCCCUGCGCAAAUCUCCGCCUGCGUAGCCCAUCUUUAUGGACAGACGGUUUUUUUUUCUUUUACACCAGAGUUCAUCUUGAUAACCCGAGUUUUUGCGCAUAGAUUAUGUAUUCUUUAAAAUGGGUGCGAACAAUGGAAAACAAUAUGGGAGCGAGGGUAAAGGGAGCUCAAGCAUCUCCUCUGACAUAAGUUCGAGCACGGAUCACACACCAACUAAAGCUCCGAAGAAUGUGGCUACCACUGAAGGUUUGGAGAACAGCACAAGAACCCUGAGCACCCCCAGCCCAGGUCUGAUCCUUCCAUCCAAAUCCUCCUCCCUCUCUUCACCCGCUCUCUCCAGUAACGGCCAUGAGACCAACUCCUCCUCCUCAUCCUCUACCCCCGCCGAGACCGUGGCCGUGAUCCACCCCCAGCCAGGUGGCCACACUCGCUCCAGGCCAUCAAAAAGCCACCACCACUCCCCCAUUGACCUCCUCCCUGACCACACCCUCCUUCAGAUCUUCUCUCACCUUCCGACCAACCAGCUCUGCCGCUGUGCGCGUGUUUGCCGGCGCUGGUACAACCUGGCAUGGGACCCGAGGCUGUGGAGCACCGUCCGGCUUACGGGAGAGCUGCUUCACGCCGACCGUGCCAUCAGGGUCCUUACCCACCGGCUGUGCCAGGACACUCCCAACGUGUGUCUGACAUUGGAGACGGUGGUCAUCAACGGCUGCAAGAGGCUCACCGACCGGGGACUGCACGUGGUGGCGCAGUGCUGCCCUGAGCUACGGCGCCUGGAGGUUGCCGGCUGUUAUAAUAUCUCAAACGAAGCUGUGUUUGAGGUGGUGUCCCGUUGCCCCAACCUGGAGCACCUGAACCUUUCAGGCUGCUCCAAGGUGACAUGCAUCAGCCUUACCCAGGAGGCCUCACUCCAGCUGUCCCCCAUGCAUGGCCAGCAGAUCUCCAUUCACUACUUGGACAUGACCGAUUGCUUUUCACUCGAGGACGAGGGUUUGCGAACUAUCGCUUCCCACUGCCCUCGCCUCACACACCUCUAUUUGCGCCGCUGCACCAGACUAACAGAUGAAGCCUUGCGCCACUUGGCUCUCCACUGCCCCUCAAUAAGGGAGCUGAGUCUCAGUGACUGCCGCCUGGUGGGGGAUUUCGGCCUGCGUGAAGUCGCCCGACUGGAGGGUUGCCUGCGCUACCUGAGCGUUGCCCACUGCACCCGCAUCACAGACGUGGGCAUGCGUUAUGUGGCUCGCUACUGCCCGAGACUGCGGUACCUUAACGCAAGGGGCUGCGAGGGGCUCACAGAUCACGGCUUGGGUCACUUGGCCAGGAGUUGCCCCAAACUCAAGUCUCUUGAUGUGGGUAAAUGCCCACUGGUGUCAGACAGCGGGCUGGAGCAGCUGGCCAUGUACUGCCAAGGCCUGAGGCGAGUCAGCCUCAGGGCCUGCGAGAGCGUGACGGGCAGAGGACUCAAAGCUCUGGCAGCCAACUGCUGCGAGCUGCAGCUUCUCAACGUGCAGGACUGCGAGGUGUCGCCGGAGGCUCUGCGGUUUGUCAGACGCCACUGCAGGCGCUGCGUCAUCGAGCACACAAACCCGGCUUUCUACUGAGACGGGGGAUUUUGUGGACUGGUCCUCUGACAAGUGGAUGUUGUAAUAUUCCUGUUAAGGUGUUGGCAGAGUUCAGCGGCUUAUGUGUCAGAACUGGUUGGAACCUGGGGUGCAAUACUGGCCAGAAUUUCUGUUUAAAUCCGCUCAGAAAAUACUUCAACAGAAUGUGUUUAACAUAUUUAUCUGUAAAAAGGCAAAGAAGUACAGUAUUUCAGUAUUAUCUUCUCCCACAGCAUCAGAAUUUGCAUUGUAACACCAUUCUACAACACAGAGCACUGGGUACAAUUGUGUUAGCAUUUUGAAGCUUUGUAAUAUAUAUUAUUUUUAAAGCCAUCAUCAGCUAAAGGCCCUGAAACAUAAUCACUAUCAUGCAUUACUCCAGCUAUUUAUAAACAGCAAGUAUCAUCUGACUAAAUCACCGAGAAUGUAGCAACAAAGCAGCAACAAAGCAGAUGUGGUGAUUUUAAAACACUCGUUUUCACUUUGUGUUGUGUGCAUACGCACUUUAUGCAACUGUACUGACAAUCACUUCAACUGAGCUCCAAGUGUCAUGUCUCACAUUACAUUUGCUUGUAUUAAAGAUUAUAAUUAUUA